CUCAGUGGGCGGACUGCUGAGGCAAUAAGAGAACCUCCUGCAACAAGUUUAGUGCAAAUUUUCGUGGAAACAUAAAGAGGGAAAGUUAUGCUGUUUCUUUUCCUUUCUGAUUCACUCUGAAGCUGUAUCCAAUGCCACUCCUUUAUAAAAGCCAAGGUCACAGCCAAUUAUUCUACACUCUCGCUUCUUCUCCAUGUCCGUCACCGUCCAAUCGAAUUUCUUCCCACCGGAUUACGUGCCAGAUGAUGUCUUGCUCGCCUAAAACGGCUUUCCCCAUCCUAAGGACUGUUACCAUAUCGUACUCCGACCUCAAGGAUAGGAAUGUAGACUUGUCGAUGAAGAUUGAAGAAGGUUUUGGACCGAAUGGACUGGGGAUUCUAUCAGUUACAGAUGUGCCUGGUUUUUCUUCACUGCGUCAAAAUCUUCUACAUCUUUCACCCAGGUUAGCUAGCCUUCCUGAAGAGAAGAAGAAGGAGCUUGAAGAUCACAAUAGUAGGUAUAACUUUGGAUGGAGUCGUGGAAAAGAAACACUUGAAUCGGGGAAGCCUGAUCUGUUUAAAGGCUCCUUCUAUGCAAAUCCAGUACUAGAUGUGCCUACAACUGAUGUCUAUUUAAUACAGCGGUAUCCUCAUUAUUGUGGAUCAAACAUAUGGCCUGUUAAUAGUUUGCCAGAACUGGAAGUUGCUUUCAAAGCACUUGGAAAACUGAUCCUUGAAGUUGGAUUGAUGGUAGCUUAUCACUGCGAUCAAUAUGAAUUGCUUGCACAUGCUAGAAAUUGAUAAAGACUUCACGUCACCUGUUGAAAAUUUUCAACGUGUUUACACAUGAAUGACUGCUUAUCCUAUGCUGGUGGAGCUUUAAUUGUGUCCUGAAAGUCUAUCCAUGGGCUUGUGGCUAACUAGUUCUUUGAAGAAGAAUUUCUCUCACCUUAGUCCUGAACACCCUUAAUGAACAUUUAAGAUCCAGGCACUUAGCCAUUGUUGAACGGAUUGUCAACUGUAGCUUUUGCUUUUUCUUUUUUUUUCACUUUUUUGGAUACUUUUUCUCUUCACUAUGAAACAUGGUUUUCUUAU